AUGUUCCACCGUGUUCUUAUACGAGACGAAGACAUAAAUGCGCAGCGAAUUCUCUGGCGUGAAGAUCCCUCUCUGCCACCCCGAAUUUUCCUCAUGAAAGUCGCCACCUUUGGAUCUACCAGUUCGCCAUGCUCCGUUCAACACGUGAAAAAUCUUAAUGCGCGAGAGUUUGCAGACAGGUUUCCGGAAGCUGUGGAGUGCAUCCUGAACUACCAUUACAUGGACGAUUUUUUGAAGAGUUUCGACGACGAAAUGGAAGCGGCGAAAAGGUCAUUGGAGGUAAAGUAUAUCCACUCUCAAGCGGGGUUUGAAAUACACUCGUGGUCCUCGAACUCGAAAAAAGUUUUGGACGCCGUAGGAGAAACUGAUCCAACUUCUAUUAAAAAAAUUGCUUUGUGCGACCAAACCGUUACCGCAAGCGCGACGGAGCGCAUAUUGGGGAUGCUGUGGUUGCGUGAGGAAGACGCAUUCACCUAUUCGUCGAACUUAGGGCAUGUUCCUGAAUGGCCGACUAAGCGAGAAGUCCUACGAGUCGUUAUGAGCCUUUAUGAUCCCCUUGGAUUACUUUCGCACUUCAUUGUCCAUGGAAAAAUUCUGAUUCAGGAUAUUUGGCGAACUCAGUCUACCUGGGACGAGCCCAUUUCCGAAACUCUGAAGGCUCGCUGGUCACAGUGGAUUGAUUUGUUUCAGUUUUUGGGAGAUAUUCGAAUCCCUAGACCGUAUUUUCCUGGACAUUCAUCACAUGAACUGAGCCCCCUUCAACUUCAUGUUUUUGUUGACGCAAGUGAGUCUGCGUACGCUUGUGUGUCGUAUCUACGAACGGAAAUAAAUGGGGAAAUAAAAUGCGCGCUUGUAUCGGCGAAAUCAAAAGUGGCCCCCCUGAAAACGUUGUCCAUUCCACGGCUUGAAUUACAAGCCGCGAUCAUCGGAAGUCGUCUGUCGAAGAACGCAGUGGAAGCACAUUCGUUGGCGAUAACUCGAAGGUAUUUUUGGACCGACUCUCGCACCGUUUUAGCCUGGAUCAAUUCUGACCUUCGAAAAUACAACCAGUUCGUAUCCUGUCGCAUCGGCGAGAUCUUGGAAACCACUAGUCCGUGUGAAUGGCGGUGGAUUCCAACCAAAUUAAAUGUCGCUGACGAAGCCACCAAAUGGGGAACUGGGCCAGAAUUUUCAAGCACUGCUCGUUGGUUCAACGGCCCUGAUUUCCUGUACGGACCAGAGAAGAGUUGGCCACUGCUACCGACGGAAUUGAUAGAAGUACCUGAAGAACGUCGAUCACUUAAACGAGAAGUCGUUAACAUUCAUCACGUUCCCGAGGUCAUCGGUUUGACGAUCGAUUGGGGCAAUUUUUCGCAAUGGAACCGUCUACUAAAUGCUAUUGGGUAUGUUUUCCGUUACGUGCACAAUUUUUGUCAAACAUCAAAGCGCCUUCCAGGUAGAAGUGGACAUUUAGAACAAGCUGAGUUGAUCGCUGCAGAGAAGCUGAUUUUUCGAACCAUUCAGAACGAGGUAUAUUCUGCGGAAAUAGCAAUACUAAGAGAGGGAGGCGGUCGACGCAUAAAACGCAAUAGCCCAUUGGCUCAAUUGUCUCCUUUUAUUGACAUAGAUGGAGUUGUACGCAUAGAAUCCAGGAUCAGCGAAGCCGCAUUCAUAUCAUAUGAUACCCGUAAUCCCAUAAUACUUCCCAAAAAACAUCACGCCACCGAGCUGAUCGUUUUGUGGUAUCAUAGAAAGUACUUACACUGCAACACAGAAACGAUCAUCAACGAAUUGAGACAGAGGUUUCACGUGUCGUCAUUGAGGACGAUGGUUCGUCGCAUCCGUAAACAGUGCACACAUUGCCAGGUCUACAAAGCAUCGCCAGCGGUUCCCCGUAUGAGCCCUCUACCAGCAGCUCGCCUUAGAGCUUUUCAUCGACCGUUUUCUUUCGUGGGCCUCGACUAUUUUGGCCCUAUGAACAUUAGAGUAGGACGCAGCACGAAUAAAAGAUGGGUUGCCCUGUUUACUUGUUUGACAAUCCGGGCCGUCCACCUUGAAGUCGUUCAUUCCCUUACCACAACUUCCUGCAAGAUGGCUGUACGACGGUUCGUAGGUCGGCGAGGGCCCCCCGUUGAAAUUUAUUCGGACAACGGGACGAAUUUUUUGGGUGCAAGUAAUGAGCUUUUUGAAGAAUGCAGGGGUAUCAAUAAAGAACUUGCUGAGACAUUCACCAACACCGUGACAAAAUGGUGCUUUAAUCCUCCGUCAGCACCGCAUAUGGGAGGCGCAUGGGAGCGCCUUGUACGAUCGGUAAAAACGGCCUUUUUUGCCAUGACAACAACGAAAACGCCGAAUGAAGAAACUUUUUCUACCAUACUCGUUGAAGCGGAAGCCCUUGUCAACUCUCGGCCUCUAACUUUCGUUUCCAUUGAAGAUGACUCCCAGGAAGCUUUGACUCCAAAUCACUUCCUUCUGCUUAGUUCCAGUGGGGCAGUUCAACCUUCUAUGACAAUGGUAGAUCCUAGGCUGGCCAGCAGAGACGAUUGGAAUCACACUCGGCAUCUCGUAGACUUAUUCUGGCAUCGGUGGAUAAAGGAAUAUCUGCCCACCAUCGCUAGGCGAACCAAAUGGUUCGAAGAAGUGAAGCCAAUCGAACCUGGAGAUUUGGUAGUUAUUAUCGACGAAAAUCGGCGGAAUGGUUGGAUUAGAGGGCGCAUUUUGGACGUGGCAAAGGGUUCAGAUGGGAGAGUUCGUCGAGCUACUGUACAAACAUCGAGUGGGAUCUUGAAAAGACCGGUAGCGAAGAUAGCGGUUUUGGAUAUCGGUAAGCCAUCGAUGGAUCAUUAG